AUGGCCGACCGGCACCAUCUGGCGUGGCAGCCGUGGCUGUUGGUCGCCGCCGAGGCUGGGAUGAGGAAAAGUCUGAUGCUCUCGCUCUCCAUGCCUACACUAGGAUACGGUCACGCCUUCGGCCUUGAAACACGUCUUCUCGAAGCCUGGGCACCUCGACGCGAGCAUGCCCGCGGCGCACUGUUGUCAAAUCGAAACGGCGCAUGCGGCACGACGGCGGCGGCCAACAAUGCAAGGCGCGACGUGGUUGUGCUGGCGGUGCUAUACUACGCACAACGAUACCAUUACACACUCAGAUACAGUCAUGUCACGCCUGCCAUGGCCGCAACGGCGACGAUUGCUCAAAAGGUCGGCCACUUAGCGUACAGAUGA